CCGGUGAAACAUCUGUUUCUGUCUGAUGGGACUGGCUCAGUGCGUAUCCUCUUAGGAACAUGCCCGAUGGUUAGUUAAUGCUGGUGCUUAACCCGAUGACAGACUCAAAACUGUUUUGCUACAUGAGAAGGUACAAGAAAAAGGAGUUCAAACUUGGCAAGGUGGUAAGCUAGCUAGCUCGCUACGGUAGAUCGAGAGGGGGUGUCGCUUGCUGUAGAAAAGGAAAACAACAUGGCGGCAUUGGAGCUCGAAUGGAUCCCAGAGACUCUGUACAACACUGCUAUAUCAGCAGUGGUGGACAAUUACAGUCGAUCGCGAAGAGAUAUUCGUUGCAUCCCUGAGAAUAUUCAAUUUGAUGUGUAUUACAAGCUGUACCAGCAGGGUCGGCUCUGCCAACUGGGGGGAGAGUUUUGUGAACUGGAGGUGUUUGCCAAAGUUCUACGGGCAUCUGAUAAAAGACACCUCCUGCACCACUGCUUCCAGGCCCUGAUGGAUCAUGGGGUGAAAGUCGCCUCCGUCCUGGCCAACUCCUUCAGCCGUCGCUGCUCCUACAUUGCAGAGUCUGAUGCCCAUGUGAAAGUGAAGGCCAUUCACUUUGGCUUUGUUUUAGGUGGCUUUCUGUCUGACGCAGGCUGGUAUGGUGAUGCAGAGAAUGUGUUUCUGGCGUGUCUGCAGCUGUGCACACUGCAUGAUGAGGUUCUGCACUGGUACCGUGCUGUGGAGUGCUGUGUCAGGUUGCUUCAUGUCCGGAAUGGCAACUGCAAGUACCAUCUUGGUGAAGAGACUGUCAAGUUGGCCCAGCUGUACAUGGACAAACUGGCCAAACAUGGUCAUCAGGCCAACAAAGCUGCACUCUAUGGAGAGCUGUGUGCUCUGCUCUUUGCUAAGAGCCUUUAUGAUGAGGCCUACAGGUGGUGCAUAGAGGCAAUGAAAGAGAUCACAGUGGGUUUGCCUGUUAAGGUUGUGGUAGAUGUCCUAAGACAGGCUUCCAAGGCCUGUGUAGUAAAGAGGGAGUUCAGGAAGGCAGAGCAUCUGAUAAAGCAUGCUGUUUUCCUGGCACGUGAGCAUUUUGGACACAAGCAUCCCAAGUAUUCAGACACUCUCCUUGAUUAUGGUUUUUAUUUGCUGAAUGUGGAUAACAUCUGCCAAUCAGUUGCAAUAUACCAGACGGCUCUAGAUAUCCGGCAGUCGGUUUUCGGGGGAAAGAAUAUCCAUGUGGCCACAGCACACGAGGACCUGGCAUACUCCUCCUAUGUGCAUCUGUACAGCUCUGGCAAAUUUGACAAUGCACUAUUCCAUGCAGAGCGGGCCAUAGAUAUUAUCACUCACAUUCUCCCGGAGGAUCAUCUGCUGCUGGCCUCCUCCAAAAGAGUCAAAGCUCUGAUCCUGGAGGAGAUUGCUAUUGACUGCCACAACAAGGAGACAGAGGAGAGGCUGCUCCAGGAUGCCCAUGACCUCCACCUCUCCUCUCUCCAGCUGGCCAAGAAAGCCUUUGGGGAGUUCAAUGUUCAGACAGCGAAGCACUAUGGCAACCUGGGCCGCCUCUACCAGUCCAUGAGGAAGUUCAAGGAGGCAGAGGAGAUGCACAUCAAGGCCAUCCAGAUCAAGGAGCAGCUUCUGGGUCAGGAGGACUAUGAGGUGGCUCUGUCUGUGGGCCACCUAGCCUCUCUCUACAACUACGACAUGAACCAGUAUGAAGAUGCAGAGAGGCUUUACCUGCGCUCCAUUGCUAUUGGUAAGAAGCUGUUUGGGGAGGGCUACAGUGGACUGGAAUACGACUACAGGGGCCUAAUUAAACUUUACAACUCUGUGGGGAACUAUGAGAAAGUCUUUGAGUACCACAAUAUUUUAUCCAAUUGGAACCGGCUGAGGGACCGGCAGUUUGCUGUGGCUGAUGCCUUAGAGGACGUAAACACCAGCCCCCAGGCCACCGGGGAGGUGGUGCAGUCCUUCCUACUGUCACAGAACAAUGGGGCUGGCCCACCUACUUAGGCUCACCACACAGACACACAUAUGCCCACAUACUGAUAGAAACGCUAAAGGUGUUCACGGCUCACUUACAUUUGUUGAACACACCCUCUCCACAUCAAGGUAUAUGGUUGGCUAUGGGAAAAUGCACUAUCGCCUGUGGAAUGCAUAUAAUCUAGUGUUUUUGUCCUCACUUUUGUUCCCAACGGGGGCAUUCUCCUGUGAUCAAACCGGUAUUGAACAUUUGAUGGAAGGAACCUCUUGCCAUCCACUUCGCAUCACCUAACAUCGCUUUCAUCACCUUCAGUCUUCUGUAAGAGGAAUUGAGAAAAGGGGGAAAAAAUAAAACAACGACAUCAUAGUGUGUUCUAGCUCUAGAAUAGGAAUUGGUUUGUUUUCGGCUUCAUUUUUGGUCAGCGCUUGCCCUUUGUUGACCAUUGGGAUGUCCCCUACAAGCAUGGAUGGAGCACCUUUUUACUUUGGCCAAUUAUAAAGAGCAAGUUACUUUUUCUGGGUGGAAUCCUUAUUUUAUUGUUCUAAUGUCAUGAGGGAGUUUACAAAAGAGUUUUCAUCCAUGGACCAAAUCUUCAGUUUCCUUUUUGCCACACCUGUUUUUGUCUCCAUCUAAAGACGUUGGCGCAGUCUUUAUGCUUGUGCUUAAAGGUUGUCCGUGAUUUGAUGAAUUUGAAAUGCACCAGUGUGUGUAUUAAAUUUGACCACAAUUGUGCUCAGUAGAUUUGUUUUUGUUGUUGCACUUACGUGUAGUUUAUUUGAAAAUGUACGGGGGUACUUUUUUUUUUUAGGAAUUAAAAUGACAAGUAUUUCUAAAGAAUUUCAUAUAGCUAAACCAAAAACAGGUGAGCUUAAACCUGCUAUUCAGAUGACUCCCUCCCUGUGUUCCAGUGCAAACAGCCAGACGGAGGUCCUCUAACAUCAUCCCCAAGCUAUUGUGCAUAUAAGCCUGGUACAUCGAUUCAAAGUUGGCCUUAGUGGGAGUGACCGUACGGAGUAAAGUAUUUGUCAUUUAAUUUUAGCGAAUCACACAACUGCGAGGCAUGGCUCUGUGCUUGUGGUAUGCUAGCAUACGGGGGAGGGUUAGGGGGAAGGUUGUGGGAGAUGAUUGGUUGUUAGAUUAAGCCUAUGCUUCAGGAGUUUCUCCCGGCCAUUCUGUCCUGGCUAACGAAGGUCAAGUUUGACCCGUUGGACUACCAGACUCUUCGGGCAUUUGGGCUGAAGUGUCUGGGAACGAGAUUAGGGGUCCUCAAACACACCAUUAACAAUAGAAUAGGCCUUGUGUUUUCAUUUUAGAAACCAUUGGCCUAGUAAAGGAUUACCUAUUCCAAAGUAAUGUAGUAAGUACCCCAUUGUGUGUGGACUAGGUCAAUGGAAAUUAUUGCCUUGUUUUGGAACAAAUGCAUGUCUGUCUAAUGGAUGUUAUUGUUACAUGUGCUGUUAUGUUUCAACUGAAGUCCAAGCCUUCGCCUUAAAGGACGAUCAGCCAAAGGUGCUCUUGUUCUGGUUCUUAGCAUGCUUGCUUUCCAAAUACCCACACUGGAGAGAGACACACUACCGUUCAAAAGUUUGGGGUCACUUAGAAAUGGCCUUGUUUUUGAAAGAAAAGCACAAAAAAAUGUCCGUUAAAAUGACAUCAAAUUGAUCAGAAAUACAGUGUCGACAUUGCUAAUGUUGUAAAUUACUAUUGUAGUGGGAAACAACUGAUUUUUAAUGGAAUAUCUACAGAGGCCCAUUAUCAGCAACCAUCUCUCCUGUGUUCCAAUGGCACGUUGUGUUAGCUCAUCCAAGUUGAUCAUUUUAAAAGGUUAAAUGAUCAUUAGAAAACCCUUUUGCAAUUAUGUUAGUACAGCUAAAAACUUGUCUCAACAUCAACAGUGAAGAGGCGACUCUGGGAUGCUGGCAUUCUAGGCAGAGUUCCUCUGUCCAGUGUCUGUGUUCUUAGCCACUCUAAUGUACUUGUCCUCUUGCUCAGUUGUGCACUGGGGUCUCCCACUCCUCUUUCUAUUCUGGUUAGAACCAGUUUGCGCUGUUCUUGGCAAUGUCUCCCAUGGAAUAGUCUUCAUUUUUCAAAAUAAGAAUAGACUGACGAGUUUCAGGACAAAAGUCUUUGUUUCUGGACAUUUUGAGUCUGUAAUCAAACCCACAAAUGCUGACGCUCCAGAUACUCAACUAGUGUAAAGAAAGCCAGUUUUAUUGCUUCUUUAAUCAGAACAACAGUUUUCAGCUGUGCUAACAUAAUUGCAAAAGGGUUUUCUAACACAGGAGUGAUGGUUGCUGAUAAUGGGCCUCUCUACGCCUAUGUAGAUAUUCCAUUAAAAAUCUGCCGUUUACAGCUACAAUAGUCAUUUACAACAUUAACAAUGUCUACACUGUAUUUCUGAUCAAUUUGAUAGUAUUUUAAUGGACAAAAAUUGUGCUUUUCUUUCAAAAGCAAGGACUUUUCUAAGUAACCCCAUACUUGUGAACGGUAGUGUAUACACUAUAUAUACAAUAGUAUGUGGACACCCCUUGAAAUUAGGGAAUUCAGUUAUUUUAUGUUUAAAAUCGAGCACACUGCCAUGCAAUCUUCGUAGACAAACAUUGGCAAUAGAAUGGCCUGUACUAAGAGCUCAGUGACUUUCAACUUGGUGCCGUCAUAGGAUGCCACGUUUCCAACAUGUCAGUUUGUCAAAUUUCUGCCCUGCUGGAGCUGCAAUGUCCACCGUAAGUGCUGUUAUUGUGAAGUGGAAACGUCUAGGAGUAACAACGGCUCAGCUGCGAAGUGGUAGGCCACGCAAGCUUACAGAACAGGACCACAGAUUGCUGAAGCGAGUAAAAAUCGUAUGUUAUCAGUUGCAACACUCACUACCAAGUUCCAAACUGCCUCUGGAAGCAACGUCAACUCAAGAAGUGUUUGUCGGGAGCUUCAUUAAAUGGGUUUCAUGGCCGAGCAGCCGCACACAAGCCUAAGAUCACCAUGCACAAUGCCAUGCGGCUGCUGGAGUGGUAUAAAUUUGACAAUAGAAAGUGUUGAUUUAAGAAAUUAGAUGUUGAAAGAGGUGAUCCACCUUGUAAUCGGAGGUUGUGGUCCAUCCUGGCUGCUAUAUGGCUGUCUGUAUGUCCUUAGUUUUGUUUACAAGGCUCUAAUUGUUUCUUGUGAAUGUUACUGGAAGGGAUCCUUAGAAAAUCUUAUGGUAUUUGUGAUUGCAGCACACACCCUAUCCUUUCUGUCAAUGUCCGCAAGACUGCAGUAAGAUUAAUUGACGGUGUCUCUGGAAGCAGACAGCUCUUAAAUCAGGAGUUUCAUCUUAGUUUGUUAUAGGUGGAACAACUGUUGAGAGUUUCUCUUCAAGACAAGUUUGCCACUGGAACUGGAGCAAGUACAGCCCAUUUAAGCUUUUUAUUUUGUUUUUAAUACAUGUGCUGUCUAUAUUCUCACAUGCAUUACAAUACGCCAGCCUUUUUUUACGGCACAUUUAUUUCCACACGAACAUCAUUUUAACCAUUGCUCACUCUGAAACUCCUGUAUAUGGAAGGUUGUCCAAUUCUACAAGUAUAAAUAUGGGCAAGUUUCAUAGACCUACAUUAAGGCCACUCUUGGACUGAAGUUUUGAUUAAGGUUAUGAUGAGAUGGCUAAACUUCAUUUUAAGAGGCUUGCAUCACCUGUAUUUAAUCCAUAGUUAACUAUGUUCUUGAAAUCACAUUUAAAGGUCGUGAUUAUUAACAGAUAAUUUGUCCAACUCCUGCAAUCAUUUAAUCUUGGUCUGUGAAACUGUUCCUACAUGUGUUAAGAGUAUAAGUACUGUGCGUCUGGGUUACAAGUGUAGACACAUUGAGUUUAGGUAUGACCCUGAGAGAAGUAUCUGGCAGGAUUUGCAGAACUAGAUUGCCGAUAUUCCAUGCAUGCAUUAUCAGAGUUUAAGGAACUGUGGUGUGCGUUGAAGUGAUCUUUUGAUAUGUAUGUAUUCAUUGCACACUGUUUGUAUUGCUGCCUGCUACAAAGGUGUCUAUUACAGUCCUCUAGUUAAGAGUGGUCUUAGUGGUUGUUCCUCAUGCUGUCCAUGUCUACCCAGAAAGGUAAAUGAAAUUAUUGUAAUGUGUGUACUGAAAACAUGAAAAUAGUUGUCAUUUUAUGUAUUCUCUCCAUUAUUUGAAUGCCUUCUGCAGUACCUCCAAAUCAAUUUGACAGUUAGCAACAGUGGGUCAGCCCAUUAUUCGGUAAUGGGAUGGGUUCUUAAAAUGAAAUAGCACCAAAAAAAAUAUUACAUGAGGGCUUUCAAGCAUCUUCUUUUGCUUCAUGUCAACACUGUAGCUACCAUGUUUUUGUACAUUAACAUUUUACAUUGGAAAUAUUGUUCUCUUCAAAGCUCAGAAAAUAUGAAUAUUAAAAUGUUUAAAAAUUAAA